UGUCACUUUAAGACAUGUGAGACUUUAGAGAGGAAGGGUGUACUGAAACAGACUCCUGCUCCUUCCAGAAGGUAUAGCAGCCCAGCUCUUACAUUUCGCUGCCUAACUCUGUCCUGAAUGUGCCGGAGUGGGGAUGGUCUGUCGGUGGCUAUAAACUGCUUCUCAUCAGGGAAACUACAUUAGCUCACCAUCACUUCAAAGGUCUCGUCAGACAGAGGUGACGCCAGGAGAUGAUUUAAAGGUGAAAAUGACAAGGUUUCCACCCCUCAAACCCUGGUUCCUAUUCUGACAAUACAGUGAACGAACCCAACGUCUUCUUAACUGUGGAACCAGGAUUGGAAGAGGAACGCUUUUUUCCCCCUUUAAAUCUCGAUAAAGAACUGCUGGGAAGCAUUCUCUUUGAAUAUCUCAGAAUUGUGGCACAGAUGGAUUUUAAAAAGUGUUAGCGUUUUCCAAUGAACACUAGGAGAGUGCCCUGCUCUUGGCUGGAUUUUUCAGAGAAUGGCAAUGGUCUCUGCGAUGUCCUGGGUCCUGUACUUGUGGAUAAGUGCUUGUGCCAUGCUGCUCUGCCAUGGAUCCCUCCAGCACACCUUCCAGCAGCACCACCUGCACAGACCAGGAGGGACCUGUGAAGUGAUUGCAGCCCACAGGUGUUGUAACAAGAACCGCAUCGAGGAGCGGUCACAAACAGUGAAGUGCUCCUGUCUACCUGGGAAAGUGGCUGGAACAACAAGAAACAGACCUUCUUGUGUGGAUGCCUCUAUAGUGAUUGGGAAAUGGUGGUGUGAGAUGGAACCCUGCCUAGAAGGAGAAGAAUGUAAGACACUCCCUGACAAUUCUGGAUGGAUGUGUGCCACAGGCAACAAAAUUAAGACCACAAGAAUUCACCCAAGAACCUAACAGAAGCAUUCAUUAUAUAAAUAGGAAAAACAACCUGUGGAAAAUACAUUGUAAGGAUUUGAAAUAUCUUACAUACUUACAAGCCAAAUGGACCUCUUCUUUGCACUUUGGCUAGUUACCAGAUAACCAGAGUACAUUUACUCUGUGAAACAAAGUGUCACAUAAG